UAAAGAGACCGAGCUUUAUUUUAAGACUGUGAGACCGACAACAGCCGAGCGAUACCGAAGACAACCGACGGUUUGGGGAGUCCGACGAGAAGUGCAGGGGUUGGAGCCGGUGCGAAAAAGCAAAAUGGCGUGGCAACCAGAUCAGGACGGUUUACAGCAAAUUAUACAGCUUUUGAAGGAGAGUCAAAGCCCAAAUACUGAAGUACAAAGAGCAGUUCAACAAAAACUUGAGUCUCUGAAUCAAUUCCCUGAUUUCAACAAUUACCUGAUAUUCGUUCUUACGAAGUUGAAGAGCGAAGAUGAACCAACUCGUUCACUUUCGGGUUUGAUUCUCAAGAACAACGUUAAAUCUCAUUAUCACACUUUCCCUGACCAAGUGAAAGAAUUUAUCAAGUCAGAAUGCCUCGAGGCCAUUGGGGAUCCUUCACCUCUCAUACGAGCUACGAUUGGUAUCUUGAUCACAACUAUAGCGGCGAAAGGCGAUCUGACAAACUGGCCUCAACUAUUGCCAACGUUGUGCCAGUUGUUAGACAGCGAGGAUUAUAAUGUCUGUGAGGGAGCUUUUGGAGCUCUGCAAAAGAUCUGUGAGGACUCUGCUGAGCAACUUGACAGUGAUGCCCUUAAUAGACCCCUCAUUGUACUGAUCCCAAAGUUUCUGCAAUUCUUCCGCCAUGCAAGCCCAAAAAUAAGGUCUCAUGCUAUUGCUUGUGUAAAUCAGUUUAUUGUUACACGAACACAGGCCCUUAUGGUUCACAUAGGGACAUUUAUUGAGAAUCUGUUUGCCCUCGCGGGAGAUGAAGACCCAGAAGUAAGAAAGAAUGUGUGCAGAGCCCUUGUUAUGCUUUUGGAAGUCAGAGCAGACCAAUUAAUUCCACAUAUGAAUAACAUUGUAGAGUACAUGCUGAUGAGGACACAAGACAAAGAUGAGAAUGUAUCGCUUGAAGCUUGUGAGUUUUGGCUGACACUGGCAGAGCAACCUAUCUGUAAGGAGGCUCUCAGCCCACACCUUCAUAGGCUGGUACCAAUAUUGGUAAAUGGUAUGAGGUAUUCAGAGAUUGACCUGAUUCUUCUGAAGGCUGAUAAUGAAGAUGACGAGUCUGUUCCAGACAGUGAGCAGGACAUCAGACCAAGAUUUCAUAAGUCCAAGACUCACAGUCAGCAGCAUGAAGCAGAUGGAGAAAUUGAUGGGGACAGUGAUGGAGAUGAUGAUGAUAUGGAUGACGAUACCCUCUCAGACUGGAACUUGCGCAAAUGCUCUGCAGCUGCCUUGGAUGUUCUUGCCAAUGUGUUCCGUGAUGAUCUUUUACCAGUUCUUCUUCCAAUCUUGAAGGAAACUCUCUUCCAUCCAGACUGGGAAGCUAAAGAGUCUGGAAUCCUUGUUUUGGGAGCCAUUGCAGAAGGUUGUAUAACUGGUAUCUCUCCUCACCUGCCAGAACUAAUUCCUUUCCUGAUAAACUCUCUCUCUGAGAAAAGGGCACUGGUGCGCUCUAUCACGUGCUGGACCCUGAGUCGUUAUGCACACUGGGUUGUCAGUCAGCCUCAUGAAGCAUACCUUCAACGUCUCAUGACAGAGCUCCUUAAACGGAUCUUGGAUAGUAACAAGAGGGUUCAGGAGGCAGCGUGCAGUGCCUUUGCCACGCUGGAGGAAGAAGCUUGCACUGAACUUGUUCCAUAUCUUAGCUUCAUUCUAGAGACACUGGUCUUUGCCUUCAACAAGUAUCAGCACAAAAACCUUCUUAUACUGUAUGAUGCUAUUGGGACACUAGCUGACUCGGUGGGUCACCACCUCAACAAGCCUGAGUUUAUCAAUAUGUUGAUGCCACCUCUUAUUCAGAAGUGGAACCAGCUGAAAGAUGAGGACAAAGACCUUUUUCCACUGUUAGAGUGUUUGUCCUCUGUAGCUACAGCUUUACGUUCUGGCUUUUUUCCAUACGCCGAACCUGUCUUUCAGAGAUGUGUGUCAUUAGUGGAACAAACUUUAACUCAAAGUGUGGCUUCUCAAACUCAUCCAGAGCAGUUUGAACCUCCAGACAAGGAUUUCAUGAUUGUUGCCCUAGAUCUUCUGAGUGGAUUGGCUGAGGGACUGGAGGGGCAAAUUGAACAGUUUAUAAUUAGGAGCAACACAAUGACCCUUCUUUUCCAGUGUAUGCAGGACAAAAUGCCUGAAGUGAGACAAAGUUCUUUUGCACUGCUGGGGGAUUUGACAAAAGCUUGCUUCCAACAUGUCAAACCCUGCAUUGGUGACUUCCUACCGAUCUUAGGCCAGAAUCUCAAUCCAGAAUUUAUCUCAGUUUGUAACAAUGCUACCUGGGCUAUUGGAGAAAUAUCUGUGCAGCUUGGAUCAGAUAUGAAGCAGUAUAUCAACUUGGUUCUACAGCAACUCAUUACCAUCAUUAACAGACCUCAUACUCCAAAGACACUGCAAGAAAACACAGCAAUCACAAUCGGUCGUCUGGGUUUAGUUUGUCCGCAAGAGGUGGCACCUUUGUUACCGCAGUUUAUUCAGAAGUGGUGUACUUCAUUGCGGAAUAUACGGGACAACGAGGAAAAAGACUCUGCCUUCAGAGGUAUCUGUAACAUGAUUGGUAUUAACCCCGGUGGAGUUGUUCAGGAUUUCAUAUUCUUUUGUGAUGCUGUAGCAUCAUGGGUUAACCCUGGACCAGACCUAAAGGAUAUGUUCCUUAAGAUCCUUCAUGGCUUUAAAAAUCAGGUUGGUGAGGAAAACUGGAAACGAUUUUCCAGUCAGUUUCCUGCAGCUCUGCGAGAGCGCCUAUCCACCAACUAUGGAGUUUGAGGAGAUGCUGCGGCAGUCAGGGUGGUAUAAGAACAGAGGGCUGUGUAGUCCUUGCUCAGAUCAAGUAACAGUGUCCUAAGUCCAUGUUCGUCAUUGUCCUUGUUCCCGUACAAGUCUGUGUGAAUAGCUAAUGGAUGUUUCUAUGGGGGGACAGUGUUCUCAUUUAGUGAUGAACUUCCCACAAAUGUAUGAAUGUCAGUGAUAAUGCUGGGAGGUGCCUGACUUUUGUGUCAAACCGAAUUGAUCAAUUUAAGUUCAUGUAAUAAUUGGACGUGUGCUUGUGUUGCUAUCAUGUGCGUCCUUGUUGUCAGUGACUAACAUUUGUCAUGUCAAGUGCUGCAAUGUGGCAGUGUCAUUGGAAGGCUUUCAUUUAAUUGUCCUGUGUUGAAAAGACCUGCUGGAAUCAAGUCAACCUUAUUGGUGCAUAGUUGUCUACCACCUAUAAAGCGUAUUUACAUUUCUCUGUUAGCUAUGCAAAGAUACCUUUACCCCAAUGAUCAAUAUUUCUCUUAGCUCUAUGUUAUAGUACCUACAUCUGAUAGCUAAACUUUUUAUAUGUAAAUGACAUCAAUUCACUCUCUUUUCUCUUUCACAUACUUCAUUUUUAACUGAUCUGUAUAAUGUUGUGUACAAUAAUAUAAAAUGUAUAAAUAGUGUGAAGCAGAAACCUUGAUAACAGAUAUAUAAACCCUAACAAGAAUGUAUAACAAAUUUUUGAAACUCUAAUAGUGUUAACUUGAAUGAUGCCAGUGCGAGGCUUAGUAUGGUACCACCAACGGCAGGUCUGUGGUGUGGCAAGAUUUAAUUGUUUUGAAUAGUUUCUGCUGGACAGAUACUUUGAACAUUGGAAGAGUUGGUGUAUGCAUAACGACAUUGGAAAAGUCUUUUAAUUCCCUUUUGAUGUACAAGUAAUCUGCCAUAAUAGCUAAGUUUACUCUCUUUCAAAUAUUAAACUUGUGGGAAGGAAAAAAAAAACAGGAAUGAUUUAACUGAAACCUAAUUAGUUCUCUCUAAAUAUCUUGUAUUUUUUCCUUUGCUGAUAAUGAUUCAUUGGGGUAGUCUUUGCAUUGAUUUUGUGCUUGCCAGUCUAAUAAUCCAGCACACUUAUGUGUACCCAGAACUUCUAUUGUUACAGUAAGUUAAAAAUUGGACAAGUUACACUGGACAGAUAUGUGAAAAAAAUAUGCACCAAGUAAAGCAAUCAAGUAAUCUCCUGAGUCUUCUCUUAUGGUUUAUCAAAGUAAGUACUGAAAAUUCUGGUAUGGUUUUCUUUUUAAAAUGAAAAUCAAAGUGCUAAUAUUUCAAUCUCUCCUGAAGAUGACAGAUCCUGUAGUGUUUUUCCAGACAAAUUGAUAGUUUAAUGUUUUAGGAUGUUAUUUUAUUGCAUUUGGCAAUAUAUAUAUAUUUUAAUUAUCAGAGGAAGAAAUUUUAGGAAGUUAAAUGUUUUAUAGUUUUGUAUAAGGUUGUAGUAACAAAAUUAAUGCUUAACAGUAUUAAAUUAAUAUAGAUUUGAAUUCAGUUUAAGCUACAGUGUAAAAUGAAAGACAAGCCCUUUGAUCAAUUUGCAAUUUCUUUCAUGCGAUCUCUGCAAAUUUCUUGUUCUAGUGGUGGGUAGAUUGUCCUUGUCCAUCAUGCUACAAUUAUAGUUUUCCUCCAUAAAUCCUGACUUUUAUUGUGUGCUGCUUUCUUGUCUUCUGUGUAAAAUUUUGUGAGAAAUUGCCAGUUGAUCAAUGUUGUCCAAGUCUCAAUUUGUCAAUAGCUGUGUAAAAUGUUUGUAAUCAGUAUUCAGUUGUAAUAUUCUGGUAUACUAAUGCUUAAAUUUUAAAGAAUUCAAUUUCCAUUCUUGAAAACUUGACAAGUGGCUGAAAGAGAUGGUUUAAGUGGUAACUUGUCCAGAAUUUUUUUCCCCAAUUAUGAGCCCACUCUUCUAUAAUAAUAUUGAUAAAGCAUGCACAGUGUAAGUCAGAAAUGAUAGUACUAUCAACUUAACAUAAACUUACUUGAAAUUUCAUCUGGAGUAGCCAUAACAGUUGUCAACCCAUGCAGCUUUUGCAUGUGCAUAUGUUUGUAAAAGUAACUUGUCAUGUACGACAAAACUAAAUCUUGCCAAAUUCUGAAUUACCCCAGGUUUUCCUGAGAAUUUUUGCCAUAAAGUUUCUUAUUUUGCCCUCAUUUUCAGAUUGUUUUUAUUUCUUGCCAUCUUUUCAGCCAUUUUUCUCGUUUUCAGUGUCCAGACAUAUAGAUAUUUAUUUAUUUUGUAUGUGGAAAACAAGUUUCAAGAUGUGCACAGUUUAAUUUUUCUAAAUAAUAUCAAGUAUUAGUCUGGUGUUUUAGACAUUUAAUAUGAAUCUUGCCUACAAUUUGAACUAACAACUUCAUCUAACAACAGCUUUUGUGUAAGAAUGCAUCUGAGACUGAGUGUAAUAAUUUGUGAUGUUUGUGACUAGUAUUUUUAUUGCAAGGCAAACAACAAACUUGUGUAAAUGUUAAAAAUUGAAGUUAUUCUUCUAUCUUGCCAGUUCAAUGGAUAAUGAUGCAGUACACAUAAGUGUUGACCAAGUUUUCAAAGUAACAGUAAUAAUAUUAAAUUAAAUUAAUAUUUAAGUUGAUUAAGUUAAUAGUACUUGUCAAAUGGGAUAAUGCUUAGGCGUAUGUAACUAUACUAAAUGUAAGAUCAUUAUCUCUAAGAACCUUUAAGUGACAAUCAAAUGCAUUUAACCCUUUAACUCCCAAGAUCUGGUAGUUAAUUCUCCCCUCUAGCUUUUGCACAUUUCCUUCUUGAUAAGUUAGGAGAAUUUAAUGUUAUAUAAAGAUAACUUCUUGAUAAGUUUCAAUUUUCUCUUUACCUGUUUGCUGGUUAAUGCAUGGUAUUGUAAGGAGAAGCUAGAUGCUAAUCAAUUCUGGGAGUUAAAAGGUUGGAAAUGUUACAUGUGGCAAACUUUUACAUCUGGAUUUGUGUGUGCAUGUAAAUUUUUUGGAUGGUAAACAAAUGUUCUGAAUUAAUUUUAAAAUUCUCAUGGUUUUGGGGAAGGAACCUCCCAGUGAGACAAGUCGAAGUAGGAAUCAAUUAAUUAUUACAGAUUUACUUUAAGAAAUUAAUGUUAGCUCACUAACAUACAUGUAGUAGCUAAGUGAGGAAUUAAGGGGUGGUAUAGAAGUCUCUCUAUCUCACUGCUGCCACAGUGUUUAACAAUUGUGCACGCAUAGUGUUUUGAACUACUUUUUGUGUCUGCUAGUCAUGGUUAUGAAGUAAGACUGAGUAGAAGUUUUGAAUUGCCACUAGUAGCAUGAAUUAUUUAUUUCAUGGUAAAAUAGCCCAAUAUACUGUAUUUGUGACAAAACCUAAACCUAAUAUUCCCACAAGCUUAACCCUUUAACUCUUAAGAUCUGGCUGUCAAUUCUCCCCGAUAGCUGCUGCACAUUUCCUUAUUAAUUAGUUGCGAGAGUUUUAUCUUAGAUCAAGAUAACAACUUGUACCUGACAAGUUUGAGUAUUGUCAUUACCUGUUUGCUGGAUGAUUUAUGGAUAUUUUAGGGAGAAGUUAUAUGUUGAUCACUUGUGGGGGUUAAAGACUUGACAUCAAUUCCCCCACUGUCUUCCUUACGUGUCUUAUCCCCUUGUUGAUAUUUCUCUAUCUUCUCACAAUUUUCGUGGUGGCUAUUAAUUUGAUAUUUAAAGGAAAAACUACCUUUCAGUUACUCCCGGCUUUUUGAAAAGGUUUAUGUAAUUCUUUAUGCUCUAAUUCCCAAAGGUUUCUUGCACUUUAUCUUGCAAACAAGUUAUCCAAAUUUGCAAAUAUUCAACCCUUCACACCUUCUCAUUGAUAUACAUAUUCUCCAUACUGUUCUCUAUGCAUUUAGCAAAGUGCCGACGAGGAAAAUUUGUUUAACAAUCAAAAGCUGUUAUGAGGGAUCAUCUCCUUCAAUCUCGUGACCUUAAUAUGGUUUAUGGAUGAUAUUGUAAAGAAAUGUUAGAUGCCAGUCACUAUUUUAAGGGUUAAAGGGCAAGAGAAUGUAUAGCAGCUGGAAGGGAGAGUUUCAUAUCUGAUAAUACGAGUUUCGGUGUUAAUUUGUCUAUAUUAGGUUUAACAUCUUGGUUUUUCAUUUAAAUAUCUGGUGCAGAUCUUAGAUUUAUUUUUAGAUUCGAAGGCUAUGCGCUCACGAUUGUUAUGUAGAUAGCUUCUGUUUCUCCCCCAAACCAGCUGGUCUGUGUUUGUUGUGCCGUAAGGAACUUCAGUGAUGUGCUUCUGAAUAUUUUUGUCAUCAUUGUUAUUGUUGGUUCGAUGCAUGACAUAGCCAAAUGUUAUUUGUCUUUAUUUAAUUUAAUUAAAAAUAUUACAAUUAAUUGAUGGCGUUUAAAAUUGUCCGCGGAAAUAUUUCUCGAUAAUUUUCGGCCUGCAUGUUCUGGGAAGAUACAUGUUGUAAUAAAUGUCAAGUUUUAUGUUGUUA